CGGCUGCUACAGCAACUCCACCUCCGAGCCGUCCCCACCCGACCUGAUGAUGUCGGACUCGGCUGACUUCUACGGCAGCGACCCGCCUCUGGGACUGGAGCCGGGUCACCGCGCCCCAAACGGCGCCUCGCAUCUGCUGCUGCUGCAAGAGACCGCCGACGAGCCCCCGGAGUCCCCGGGGACCGGACCGGAAAAGCUGAGACCUUCAAGCAAGCUCAAACACAAACAUGAGCGGAAACCUCCGUCUCACCGGUCCCUGUCCAACACGUCGGCGGGGGGCAACGGCAGCUCACCGUCGCCCCCCACCUGCGUGCAGGACACGUCCAUAAAGACGGUCUUCAAGUACAUCAACACGGUGAUGUCCUGCGUGAUCUUCGCCGUGGGGAUCAUCGGGAACGGCACCCUGCUGCGGAUCAUCUGCCAGAACAGAUCCAUGAGGAACGGACCCAACGCCCUGAUCGCCAGCCUGGCCCUGGGGGACCUGAUCUACAUCGCAAUCGAUCGACCCAUCAACAUCUACAAGCUCCUGGCGAUGCAGUGGCCGUUCGCCGACAGCUCGCUGGGUCUGUUCCUCUGCAAGCUGUUCCCCUUCCUGCAGAAGGCGUCGGUCGGCAUCACCGUCCUCAACCUGUGCGCUCUGAGCGUGGACCGGUACCGUGCCGUGGCGUCCUGGUCCCGGGUGCAGGGGAACGGCGUUCCCAUGGCGACGGCCGUGGAGAUCGUGGCGAUCUGGGUGCUGUCCAUGCUGCUGGCCGUGCCAGAAGCCGUCGGCUUCAACAUGGUCAACUUCGAAUACAAGAACGUGACCAUGAGGACGUGCAUGCUACAGGCCAACACGCCCUUCAUGACUUUCUACCGGGACGCGAAGGACUGGUGGCUGUUCGGGUUCUACUUCUGCGUGCCCCUGGUCUGCUCGGCGGUCUUCUACGGCCUGAUGACCGGCGAGAUGCUGCGGCACGAGAAGGGCAGUCUGAGGAUCUCGCUCAGCGAUCACCUCAAACAGCGCAGGGAGGUGGCCAAGGCCGUGUUCUGCCUGGUGCUGAUCUUCGCCCUGUGCUGGUUCCCUCUUCACCUGAGCCGCCUGCUGAAGAGAACCGUCUACCGGGAGCACGACGCCGGCCGCUGCCAGCUGCUCAACUUCCUGCUGGUCCUGGACUACUUCAGCAUCAACAUGGCCACCAUCAACUCCUGCAUCAAUCCCAUCAUCCUCUUCUUCGUCUCAAAGAAAUUCAAGCACUGCUUCAAGUCCUGCCUGUGCUGCUGGUGUUCGUCCGGCUCUCUGUCCAACAGCCUGCUGCCGCUGCACCACGGCACCAGCCAGUACAAACACACCGAGCACUGACGGAGCGCCGCCCUGCUGGACCGCAGCAGC